AUGUCCGUGAGGCAUCCUUUGAUGGUUGUGGGAAUUGAAGAUAGGAAUCUUAUUGUCUUCAACUUGCAGAAUCCUCAAAUGGAGUACGAAAGAUUAAUAUCUCCCUUGAAGUAUCAGAUAAGAUGUGUUGCUGCUUUUUCAGACCAACAAGGUUUCUUGGCUGGUUCAAUAGAAGAAAGGGUUGGAGUACAUCACCUUGAUGAUGCACGGUCGAGCAAGAAUUUACUAUUAAAUUCCACAGAGAAAGUAGUGACAUAUAUUUUGUCAACUCUCUUAGGUUCCAUCAUGUACAUCACACUUUUGCAACUGCUGGAUCUGACGGACUCUGAGGUUAAAGGUAAUCCAGGAGCUGGAUCAACUGGUAGAAGGUGA